CGGGCCGGAGGUGGUGUCGCGGGUGCCGCUGCGUGCUGUGCCGUGUGCGCGGGGCGGGCGGCCGCAGCAUCUCGGCUCGGCGGGGACCAUGGACCUGGGAGCGCUGCCCCGGUGGCGGCGGCGGAGCCGCGGACCGUUUUAAUUUUGGUUGCUGUUACUACUGAUAAUCUAAGUCGAAGGGGUGAUGCUACCUGAGAAAAAUUUCUGCAACUUAUAAGUCAGCAGUUCUCUGACUGCAAGCCAUGCCUUUAGUGAAGAGGAACAUCGAACCCCGGCACUUGUGCCGGGGAGCUCUGCCUGAAGGGAUUACCAGCGAACUUGAGUGUGUAACCAACAGUACCCUCGCAGCUAUCAUCCGCCAGCUAAGCAGUCUAAGCAAACAUGCUGAAGACAUAUUUGGUGAGUUGUUUAAUGAGGCUAACAACUUCUACAUCAGAGCAAAUUCUCUUCAAGACAGAAUUGAUCGCCUCGCUGUCAAAGUUACCCAGCUGGAUUCAACAGUGGAAGAGGUGUCACUACAGGAUAUCAACAUGAAAAAAGCUUUCAAAAGUUCCACAGUUCAAGACCAGCAGGUGGUUUCAAAGAACAGUAUUCCCAACCCUGUUGCUGACAUUUACAACCAGAGUGAUAAACCACCUCCUCUGAAUAUUCUUACCCCAUACAGAGAUGAUAAAAAGGAUGGACUGAAGUUCUACACUGAUCCUUCCUAUUUCUUUGACCUCUGGAAAGAAAAAAUGCUACAGGAUACAGAAGACAAAAGGAAAGAGAAAAGACGUCAAAAGGAGCAAAAGCGCAUAGACGGCACCACCCGUGAGGUGAAAAAGGUUAGAAAAGCCAGGAACAGGCGGCAAGAGUGGAAUAUGAUGGCGUAUGACAAAGAGCUUAGACCCGAUCACAGGUUGUCUCAGAGUGUGUACCAUGGAGCAUCUUCCGAGGGAUCCCUGUCCCCAGAAACUAGGUCCCACGCCUCAGAUAUCACCGACUACUCGUACCCAGCUACUCCCAACCAUUCUCUGCAUGCGCAGACUGUGGUCACUUCUCACGCAACAGCAGAGGCACUGACCCAUGGGCCCACAAACCAGGCCCUGGAGCAUGAGUACCGGCCUCCUGCCUCCUCAGCAAGGCACAUGGCCCUCAACAGACCACAGCAGCCACCACCACCACCCCCAGAAGCUGCAGAGGGAUCCCAGGCCUCUGCACCUAUGGUUCCGGCUGACUACGGGAUGCUUCCGGCACAGAUCAUUGAAUAUUACAACCCCUCAGGACCACCACCACCGCCACCACCACCCAUGAUUCCUUCAGCACAAACUGCUUUCGUUAGUCCCCUUCAGAUCCCCGCACAGCCCCCCUUCCCUGCAGCAGCCGGCUCCUCCUAUACAGUGCCACCUCACCCUCCUACCAGUGGGCUGGUGGUCACAGCACCCCCUCCUCCUGGCCCCCCUCCUCCACCUCCUGGCCCCCCUGGGGCAGGCUCCUCCCUCUCCUCCUCCCCAAUGCAUGGCCCUCCAGUAGCUGAGGCAAAACGACAAGAAACUGCACAACCACCCAUAAGUGAUGCUCGAAGUGAUCUUCUUGCUGCUAUCCGAAUGGGAAUACAGCUGAAGAAAGUCCAAGAGCAGCGCGAGCAAGAAGCCAAGCGUGAGCCAGUGGGGAAUGACGUGGCUACCAUCCUGUCCAGGCGCAUUGCUGUGGAGUAUAGUGAUUCUGAUGAGGACUCCGAGUUUGAUGAGAACGAUUGGUCCGACUGAAGCAACACACAGAAUCGGCACUUGAUGACAAGGCUGGUCACCAGUCAGGAGACUGUGCUAGAAGGAUACUGAAAAAUCUUAAGUGGUCUCAACACCUGAAUAGACAUAUUAUAACCCUGUAGCUUAGCAACUUUUGUAUUAAUAAUGUGACAUUGCUUUUGCACAUCCAAAUAUUCUGGGUUUUUUCAGUAUUUACUGUGUAAUACUUAAGUGCCACUAAGCAUAGCAAUUGUGCUGCACAUGAAGAAAUAUGCUGUAACUAUUGCAUUGUCCUGAAAACAGCAUUUGCUUCCUUUUUCUUGGCCAUGAAAGUAUUUAGUGCAAUUUGGGUUUACUUUUAUUGACCAUUAUAAAUCUGAAAACUUGCUGUAUGUUUAUGAAGCUGCCUGGUGUUAGGUCUUUGCGAGAUUAAUGACUAUGUGUCAGUGAUGUCUUCCAAUCACCUUUAAAAAACAAAA